CUGGUUACAAUCCACCCUCUCUGAUCUGCACCAAUGCAUCAGGGACUUUAUAUUCAGUUCACGGGUGCGCACUGCCAGUGAGAAAGCAGAAAGAAAAUCAGACUGAGACACUUUUCGCAUCUCCACGUAAAAGCCCAGUGGGAUUUGUGCUCCCUACUCUGUGUCUCUAUCUCAAAGAGUUUUUCCCUUGGAUUGCCUAUGACGUCACCACCUGGCAGCGUGCCAGUGCACGUGUCUGAUGACGUCACCUCUCAGGCCACCUGUCCCCAUUGACGUCACAUCCAGCAAAGAGAGAGAGUCUCCCGCUUCAUUCAAAAUGAUGGAUUGCCUAUGACGUCACCACUUUGCAGCGUGCCAGCGCACAUCCGGUCGACGCCGUGAAUGGGGGCUCAGUUCUCCCUUCUCGGAAGCCAGUCAACGUGCUUUGUGGUCCCUCGCUAUCCUCUUCAUCCACUUGUUACGCUGUGAAUGAGGAGGAGAAGAAGAAGAAGAAGAGAUGUCGCCAUUCACUGCUUGCUGCCGAGGCUUGUACAGCUGCCACUGGAAACGCUUGAGGAAAGGCGGGGAAAAUAAAUAUGCAUGCUGUUGGUUCUCAGUCCUCACUCUGAUCACCCUACUGUCCGUGUUCUGGAUGUACAUCUGUCUGGUCACUUCUAAUGACCAAGAGGAUGUCAACUGGAAAGGCUUUGUCAAGCUGCAGCGGUGGGUGAACUGGUUUAUGGUGCUGAUCAUCACCUCAGCAGUGUUAACCAGCUACUGUGUGCUGCUGCUGCUUUUUGCCUUGUUCCAAGUUGCCUUGGGAGAACCACUUAACUUACAUUGGCUGCAUAAAUGCCUUCUAUUCCUCGGUUUACUUUUUAUCUCUCUUGGAAUCAUUGGAAUAAGUCUCCAGUGGAAACGAGAAUGGCCAACUGUACUUCUAUCGUUCCAGGCUACUGCUCCUUUUGUGCAGUUUGGUGCUGUUGGAGGUUUGGUUCUGCUGAGCCCAUUUGUCUUUGAGGGAUUCCACAUGGCCAAAACAAAAUGCUCUCACUUCCUGAUGGUAUCAGUGUAUGCUGCAGUGUCAGCAGCCAUCCUCCUGUGUCCUUUACUCAUCCGCUCACCUUGUCUGAUAGACCACAGCGACCUGCCUCAAAAGCCAAAACUCGUCGGCCACCGAGGUGCACCCAUGCUGGCCCCAGAGAACACCAUGAUGUCGUUCCAGAGGAGCCUCCAAUGCGGCGUGGCGGCCUUCGAGACUGACGUGCAGAUCAGUAAGGACAGAAUUCCAUUCUUGAUGCACGAUCAACACGCAGGCUUUUUAAGGAGAACAACAGACGUCAAAAAGAAAUUUCCCGACAAAGAUUUCAACCUGAGUAGCGAGCUGACCUGGAAGGACUUGCAGAGUCUGAAUGCAGGUGAAUGGUUCCUACAGACGGAUCCUUUCCGUUCAUUGGCCGAGCUUCCUGUCGAAGACAAAGACGAAGCCCGGAAUCAGAGCAUUCCGUCUUUACUGCAGCUUCUGCGCCUCGCCGAGGUCCACAACGUCUCCGUCAUAUUUGACCUGUACAGUCCCUAUCAAGAGAUUGACACCGUGGAUGUGGUCAGAACCAUCCUGGUGUCUGAGGUGGACCCAAACCUGGUCUUGUGGCUUCCUCCUGCAGAAAGAGACUACGUGAAAACAGCUGCUCCGGGCUUCAUCCACAUCUACAACAAUGAACAUGACAUGUUUAAAGAUGGAGGAAGCCAUCUUAAUCUGCAAUACAGCAAAUUGAGCAUGUUGAAAAUCAGGGAACUUGUGGGUCAAAACGUGACGUUGAACAUGUGGGUGGUCAACGAAUCGUGGCUCUUUUCAUUGCUGUGGUGUGCUGGGGUCAGCUCGGUCACCACCAAUGCUUGCCACCUGCUUAAGGACAUGGAGCGGCCCGACUGGAUCAUGCCCCAUCGGAUGUACACAAUGGUAUGGAUUACAGUGGACGUUGUGUCUAUUGUGUUGAUAAUUGGAUUGUACUUCUUCCAGCAGAAAGGUUAUUGCUGCCAAAGUAAAGUGUCCAAGAAAGAAAGGAAAAACGUGUUGACCUGGAAUGAGAAUGAACUGUCGCCUUUCUUACCAACUGUGUAGCACUGCUACUACAACAACUGCUACUGUACUAUUGCCACUAAUACUGUACUGCAUUGGAGUCCCAUGGUGAAGUCAUGAAGGAAAGCGCACACAUUCUCAAUCCAGAUGUUUCAGCACAGGCUCAUUGUCAUCAUUUUGCAAGAUACUGCAGUUUAAUUUGCUGCUUUAUCCUGAAUAUAGUUAGACACUAUUUAUUGUUUUUGUGUUGUUGUUUUGUUUGAACAGUGUCUCCCUAUUGCUUGAAUAAGGUUGUGUAACCUAAUUGAAAAGCAGUACAUAUUUUCACUCUUACAGACAUGUAUCAUCAAUAGAAUGCUUUUAUGUAAAUAUGAGUCACUGCAAUCAAAUAUUGUUUCAUAAUACUCCUGAUUGUGAUAUUACCUGCGCCCACAGCAACAAAAGCCAAAUGUCAAAUUGCAAAUGUUUCCAUUGCAAUUAUAUGACAGUGUUUUUUUGCAAUAAAUAAAACUAAAUAUUCUAA